AUGAGGGAAAAGUCUACGGGAGCCAAGAAUUACAACAGCACUGAGCCUCCAGAUAAGCAUGUGCCACAACCAGAGGGGUGCCUGAGCCGUAAAUUUAGGAGCGACUGCACUACCACAGCUGAGGCAACUGUGAUACAAACAGAGGGGCGGCCGCCGCGCCACCAGCCGAGGGGCGGCCGCCGCGCCACCAGCCGAGGGGCGGCCGCCGCGCCACCAGCCGAGGGGCGGCCGCCGCGCCACCAGCCGAGGGGCGGCCGCCGCGCCACCAGCCGAGGGGCGGCCGCCGCGCCACCAGCCGAGGGGCGGCCGCCGCGCCACCAGCCGAGGGGCGGCCGCCGCGCCACCAGCCGAGGGGCGGCCGCCGCGCCACCAGCCGAGGGGCGGCCGCCGCGCCACCAGCCGAGGGGCGGCCGCCGCGCCACCAGCCGAGGGGCGGCCGCCGCGCCACCAGCCGAGGGGCGGCCGCCGCGCCACCAGCCGAGGGGCGGCCGCCGCGCCACCAGCCGAGGGGCGGCCGCCGCGCCACCAGCCGAGAUUCUUAGAUCUGCUGCACUGUUCAAAAUGGGAGGACUUGUCAGCCUGUUACAUAGGAGCUCGCCAGUGAUCCGUCCUACGAGUCAGACGGGACAGAGCUUCCGGAAGCGCGUUACAGCUUCCGGCGCCGCGGGCCCCUGGUACGCGGUGCUUUCGCCCCGGGCCUCUUCGCUUCUCCCUGCCGUGCCGGGCCGGCCGCGUAUCUGUCGGUUCCGCACCGCCCGCUACGGCCGUAGAAAGCCGGCGCGGCUCCGGCGUGCGUAUAUAUACGGCGCCGCGCGCUGCCCGCUGCAAGAGCUGCCGCCACCACACGCGACGCCGCAGACAUGA